AGUGGUUCGGUGAGGGCCAAGCGAGCAAAUAUAACACAACUCGAAAAGCCACCACCGGUCUAAGCGUGCCCUCGUCUCCCUCCGUGCCCUAAACGCUAACUCACUGCGUUCCGCGGCUUGGAGGCCGUCAGGACGCGCCUCACCUGCGCCUGUUUCGUCGCUCGGCCGUGGUUCUACCUGCCUCGGCCUCAGGCCCUUGACCAUCCGUCGCAGCCGACGGCGAGCCACAACUCUUUCGCCUCCUGUGUUGGUCAUUGGAGAGUGAAAGAAUAUGAGGAAGUUGAAAUUCCAUGAGAAGAAGCUACUCAAGAAGGUCAACUUCAUCGAGUACAAACGCGAAGGUGGCCACCGUGAAGCCCUUGUCACGCGCCGUUACCAUCUCACCGAGAGAGAUGACUACAAAAAGUAUUCAAGUAUCUGUAGGAUGGUGCAGAAGCUAGUGCAUAACUUGAAGCAAAUGGAUCCCAGAGACCCUUUCCGUAUCGAGAUGACGGAUGGAUUGCUGGAGAAGCUCUAUAAUAUGGGUGUUAUUUCGACAAAAAAGAGCUUAGCAAAGUGCGACAAACUUUCAGUUAGUUCAUUCUGUAGGCGCAGGCUAGCCACAGUUUUGGUAUACCUAAAGUUUGCUGAGCAUCUGAGAGAGGCUGUAACAUACAUUGAGCAAGGCCAUGUCCGGGUAGGCCCAGAUGUGGUAACAGAUCCGGCAUUUCUUGUGACGAGGAACAUGGAAGACUUUGUGACUUGGGUGGACUCUUCUAAGAUCAAGAGGAAAGUGAUGGAGUACAAUGAGAGAUUGGAUGACUACGAUGCGCUGAAUGCCUAAAGUUGCUUUUACAAGUCAAGAAUGCCAGUUUUUUCAAUAUCCAUUGGUGGGGGGCUAUUUCUGACCGCCGAGGAAUUCUUAUCGAUCGCAAUUAGUCAAAUGGACCAAUGCACAUAAUGCUAAAAUUUUGGAAUCAGAUUAUUAGUUGAACCUGUGUAUUAUUUUAUAUAGUCUUGUCUUCUGCUUUUAGUAAUGUUGUAGUAGUAAAUGAGUAAAAACUGUAAUGGGCUACCGGAAGUAUUGCUGAGCCAAUGUCAUGUUUAGGUUGGAUGAAUUAAUAGCUUCAGAAAUAUGUGGAACAAUCAGUCAA